AUGAGUCAAAACCAGUCAGCCAAGCGGUUAGCAGCUUCAAAGGGUGAAAGUGAAAGCACAGGCAAGAAGAGAGUCCGAUAUGCCACACGAGCAUGCGACGCAUGCCGUAAACGCAAGGGUCGAUGCAGCGGCAGAUAUCCCUGCGAACAUUGCGUCGGCCGCAAUCAGCAGUGCGUGUAUACCCUGCCAACCAACGAUUGGCGCGAUGCGAAUCCAGCUCAGCUGCAGGAUGACCAGAUGAGGCGUCACCUUGAGCCGCAUCUUUCGCAAGAACAGCAAACCUACAGUGAUACAAAUCAGACGGCAUCGCUAGGAAGUCUCUUAGCAAAUCUCCAACAACAAGUUGAAUCUCUUGCGGCACAAGUGAGGCAAAGCAAUAGUGAGAAAACCAUGCCUCCUCAGUCUCUCUACACGGCAUCGAGCCAGACGAUGGUGGAUCCUGAUCUUCAAAUGUCUCAGUCUUUAAUAACACCGCCUGGCGCCGGCACCAAGCAAGCUCGCCGGAACAGUAAGUUCUACGGACCAACGAGCCCUGAUUAUAGCUUCAACCUCGCCCAGAGCAAGUUAUUGAACCAUACCGCUUCCAAGGCGGAGAAGCCACUUCCUGUCAGCAUCGAAGAAAACCAAUCUGAUGAUGAGGAUGUGGAGAUGGAUCAAUUUGGAAACCUCAACCGACCUACUCAGCUGCAGAUAUCGUCAUUGCCACGGCAGCAGAGACUACUGCUCUUUAGAAACAUCCUCAGCUCUAGGGAGGUUAACUCUCUUCUUAUUGUUUUCCAAGAGACGAUAUGCGAGUACCAUCCCAUUGUCGAUGCCGCGUCGCUCGUCAAAACGGUUGAAUACUGGUAUUCCAAGCAAACCUCGUCGAAUAACUGCAUUCUAUCAGCUGCGGAUGAAGAGAAUCUCAUCGUCGCCAAUCUUGCUAUUGCCGUGGCUCUUUGUGUAGAGUCCACGCUACCUGGAUCCGAGUCAUUGCGAAUUGCCGAGACUCUCUACCUGAGUUGCAAGGACUUGAUCAAUGCCAAGAUUGUCUCACCAAUGCCAACCAUCAAGCAUAUAGUGACUAUACUUUUAGUAGGACUUCUUCACUACUAUAAGAACAUGCCCCGGUAUGCCUGGCGCAUGUGUGGACUUGCUGGUCGGACCUUUAUGGAGUCUGGCUUGCACAACACCGAUGUGUUACGACAUGUUGUGAAAACGGAAGCCGAUCUUGAAGAACAUGCUGUCAUCGUCAGCACAAUUCAGGUUCUCGACCGGCAAUGGAGCGCAUCUACAGGAUUGCCGACGAACUUUAGUAACUGGGAAUUCGACACUGAGUUGCGACAAAGGCUCAAGAACCCGUAUCUCAUGGCCAUGACAGCGUUCACUGCCAUCAGCGAUAAAUUCAGCGAGCCCAUAAUACGAGGCGCCAAGGGAACCUUGUGUGAAGACAACGACGACUUUGAAUUUAUGAACUUUCAAAUUGAGCAAUGGCGAAAGAAGUCGGUGGGCAAGUUUGACUUUGGGCCACUGCAGAAUAUGGAACACGCGAAUGCGACGAUUCCUCCAGCUUGGGCCAUACUCCUACAUCUCCGUGCCCACGCCGUUCGUGGAAUUCUCCUUCGACCCUUCUUCUUCCCAAACGUGCCAAGUGCCGUCAGUCAACGUAGCAUUGAGCCCGGCAUCGAGUUGGUGAACUGCAUCGUUGAUACGCUGACGCGUCUUAAUCGGUACACUGAUGUCUAUCAGAAACAACACCCCCCGUUCCAGCAUAUCCUCGCUGCUGGCUGUGCGUUAUUGUUCCUCAUGCUGGCAUAUAUCCAGGGAAAUCGUGACAGCGUCAACGAUGCUCUACCCAGCAACUUCUUCGACCAGGCAAAGAGGAACUUUGAGAACGCCUACUUGCUCUCAAGUACAUACAGCAAGUCCUCGAGAGCUGCGAGGAGAUUGCAGAGACGUCUCGGGGGCAUGAGGGAUUUGCUGGUGCAAAUGGGUGUUGUACGUCCGGAUGAGUAUCCCACGCAAGAAGGUCAAAAUCAACCGUCCACAGGCACGAUCAUGGUAGCUCAGAACCUGCAGCAAAAUGGGAAUGCAUCAGUGAACAUCCCCACCUCGCAAGAGGCUCAGACAAUGAGGCUCUCGAGGGCAACCGAGGAGCUGCUCGACUCCGCAUUCUUGGAUAUGGAGAACGAUUUACCAUUUGCUAUUAAUUCUCCAGCUUCCUCUGACUCGAUGCCCUGGUUCGGAUCUGGUCAGUUUCCAAUGUCUAUGGAUAAAUGGCCUACUCUUAGUCCCGGCUCACUUCUAUGGCAGUCUUGA